CAGCCUCGUCUCUUCAUCCAGAGGGUUGAAAAAGUUAAAAAAAAAAAAAAGAAUAUUUAAAAAAAUAAAAACACAACAAUUUUCAGCGCGUUAUCGGAAAGAGUUUUUUAAAAUGUCCUUAAAUUUCACGCGAAAUUUUUAUAAAAGUGAAGAAACAGAAAAGUAAAUAAUGUGAAAAAACCCCCACUUUAUUUUCAGUUCAAAGACUUCGUGCUCGUCACCGUCCGACUUUCAUCCUUUAAGAAUAAAAUGUGAAUAUAUUUCUAAAUAAAUUAUCGGAUGCGUUUCGUGAUAAAGAAAUCACAACACGGGGGUCGUCUCUUCUUUUUUCAACUUUUAGGGGUAGAAAGACACGUCGAGUUGGUCGAAAUGAUUCAGACUAUGACCGGAAGUUGCCUUCAAAAUAAUGGCUGACGGUUCGUCACAAAGUUUUGCGAUUUUUUUUCUUCUUCUUCGGGGUUUGUAGCGAUGCUAACUGUAUGUUUAAUACGAUGUGAUUUUAUAUAAGUACGCUACACGGCAUAAAAACGUACGUUGUAUUCAAAUGGGCAUAAUACCGUUUAUAAUCCUACGUCAAGAUUUUAUACUAAAUACUGAGCCGUUCAGAUAAAACUCCGGUUCUGAUUUUUAUGUUUGUUUUAACGUGUUAAGAUACACGUUUAUUCAAGAUUAUUAUUAUUAUUAUUUUAUUUGGCGGUUUAGCUUUUAGCAUUUAGCUACCUGCUGCUAACCAGCGGUUCUCACAGAUUUUGGCCAAUUAUUACAUUAUAUUCCCGAAAUAUUCGUCUCCCCCGAAGGUUUAAAACCUCCCCGUGAACCACCAGAUAUUUAUGUACUGUAGUUUGAAAACUUUUUAAGGUUUUGUUAUAUUUUUUCGGCGGCGCUUUACUUUGAAAAGCGACGGCGGGAAACAGACUUCAGAUGAUGUCCGCUUUGACUGGCUGACAGAGAGAGGGAGAGAGAGCACGGCUACGGCGGAGAGGUGAGGGAGAAAGAGAGGGUGGGAGGUGAUGGUGGAGGAGGAGUUUGCCCGAACUGCAUCUGGCCCCGCUCCCCUCUGUCACCCCGGACCAAACCCGCCCAUCUCCUCUCACACACACUCACUCACUCACAGAGAGAGAACACACAGAAUGGAGACGGAAGGCAGCCAGAGCAGCCUGCCCACGGCAGACUCACCCCACGACCCCUGCAAGAUGUUCAUUGGAGGACUCAGCUGGCAGACGACACAAGAGGGGCUGAAGGAGUACUUCUGUAAGUACGGUGAGGUGAAGGAGUGUAUGGUGAUGAGAGAUCCGGUUACCAAACGCUCAAGAGGGUUCGGAUUUGUCACCUUUGUUGACCAGGCCGGCGUGGACAAAGUUUUGGCCCAAACCAGGCACGAGUUGGACUCCAAAACAAUCGAUCCCAAGGUCGCAUUCCCACGUCGAGCUCAGCCCAAGUUGGUGACUCGAACCAAGAAGAUCUUCGUGGGGGGUCUGUCGGUGAACACCACCAUCGAGGAUGUCAAGCACCUGCCUGCAGAACAUGAGAAGGGCCGAGGUCAGGCAGCGAGCUGCGAGGUGGACGACGCCAUGCUCAUGUUCGACAAGACCACCAACAGACACAGAGGCUUCGGCUUCGUAACGUUCGAGAACGAAGACGUGGUGGAGAAGGUCUGUGAGAUUCACUUUCACGAAAUCAACAGCAAGAUGGUGGAGUGCAAAAAGGCUCAGCCCAAGGAGGUGAUGUCCCCAACAGGCUCAGCCAGGGGGCGCUCUCGCGUGAUGCCCUAUGGGAUGGAUGCCUUCAUGCUGGGCAUCGGUAUGCUGGGUUAUCCCAGCUUCCAGACGGCGACCUACACCAGUCGAAGCUACGCCGGUAUCACCCCUGGAUACACCUACCAGUUCCCCGAGUUCCACUUAGAGAGGACCCCCCUCCUGACUUCACCCCACCCCCCUGAGCUCACAGCCAUUCCUCUCACAGCGUACGGACCAAUGGCAGCAGCGGCAGCAGCAGUUGUCAGAGGUUCUACUCCGUCCCGCUCAGCUGGAUUUCUGGGAACCACCAGCCCAGGUCCAAUGGCAGAUCUGUAUGGAACAGCCAGUCAGGAGUCGGCUGUCAGCAGCUACCUGAGUGCUGCAAGCCCCGUCCCCAGCACUGGAUUCAGCCACAGUUUGGGGGGCCCAUUGAUCGCUACGGCCUUCACUAAUGGAUAUCACUGAGAGUCAGUGUCUGGACGUAGGCUGUUGUCCCCCCCUUUUCCCUCCCCUCCCCCCGCCCUCAGGUGUCAGCCUGAUUCUCCUGAUGACUAACCAAACUAAACUCCGCCUCCUCCAGAUGACAUCAGAGUAAGUUUUUUUUACCAGGACUGAAAACUUUUUCGACAAACCGUCGAUGCUGACGAUUCACUGUACAUUUUUCUUUUUCUUUUGUGUUUUUUUUAAUGAUUGCAUGUCUUUAUGUGUUUUUGCUCCGUGUUCUGUUGGAUUUUUUUUUUUUGGGAAUUUUUCACUGUCUCUCCGAGAAGAGAGGGUCGCCACCUGCAUGUGACGAGCUGUAUAUUUGUUUAGCUGUCUCAUAAUAAUAGUUCACUUUGAAUUUUAACACAAAAAAAAAAAAUGUGAUGAAUUCCGUUUCUGGAGAACGUGUACGUUUUUAACAAGGACUCGUUUUACUAAUAACGUUCGGUCGACUCGUUUAGUCACGAGGAGCUGAACGGGUUUGUGAGAUAAUGUAAAUAUGACGUUGUGUCUGGGAGAACUUGACUGUUACUGUCACUCCGACUGUCGCAGGAAUACUCGACUGUGUCCUGUUGUCUUAAAAUGUUGAAAAACUUCUGUAGGACGUAACGUAGAUAGGAGUGGACACCAGCAGAGGGCAACAGUCUUACUUACUACGGAUCCUACCCUACCCAUAAUUCCCAGUCUGCAUCAGUCCAUUCUGGUUGGUGACGUGUCGUGGUGUCAAGCUCUCGCCAUCCAUCUGACAGGUUAGAUUUUUUUCCCCGAGCUGGACACAGUCGGGUAGCAUGAACCGAGGAUUGAGCCAACUGUGACGACAGGCUGGGACACAGGAAGUAGAGUCAGAAGACAGCAGGAAGUGAAAGAAUAUCAGAACAAGGAUGGUAUGAAGUGGGAGGGAGAGAGGAGAGGGGGGAGGAGGAGCAGGGUCUGUGGACUGUUGGAUGAAGAUCAGAGGUCAGAGAUGGAUGUCUUCAUUUGUCUUUAGGCUUUGCCCGAUCCUGAAGUCUGUGAUGAUGAUGAUCGUCAUUGUCAGUCUUUUCAGUUGCACUAGCGUUGUCUGCUCUUCAUCACCGACACCGUCACUGGAUGUGAUGCACUGCUGACCCCUAGCUGACCUUACUGCCAUGUCGGAUCAAACUAUUUUUUUUUAAUUUGCCACUGAAGACAAACUAAAAAAAAACAAAACCCUUUUAUGGGUUCAAAAUGUUAACUUUAGUCCACCUAGUGGUCUUCAAAAGAAAGGCGCGAUAACGACACUAUGUGACGUUACCACUAAAAUGUCGCUCGAUGCUAAUAGCGUAGCUCGGAUUCUGCGUAAAAACACACUGAUUUAGCUUCUUCCUGGAAGUGUUUAACUGCUGUCAGAGCUGAAGGCCUGGUACGUCCAGCCAGGUCAAAGGUCACGUCUGGAACACUUGACUUUGUUGGAUGUUAACGCGGAGGAGACGCUGUUGUUGUUUUUUUUAUUAUUCUACUGCUGUUCUGACCGUUUUACUUCAUCUUGUUGUCGUAACUGUGAUUUUAAUGUUUGUG